GGCGAGGGGGUGGAGUCUUUGACCGGCGGUGCGGAGACGACACCGUCGGACCAACUUGAGACACGAAGUGAAAGAGUGGGAGGAAAUCUUCAAAUAAUAAUAAUAAUAAUAAUAACAAAUAACUGACGAACAAGAAAAAGCAGGCAGUGUGGGUCCACAGGAACCAGGAAGUGAGCGGUGGGAGGCGACGAGUCACAGGACAGGUGACACAGGCGGUGAUGUCUUCAGGUGAGGACGGUCUGAUUGGGAUCCCCUUCCCGGAGCACAGCAACGAGCUGCUGUCCCACCUCAAUGACCAGAGGCGUUCGGGGCUCCUAUGCGAUCUCACUCUGACCUCUCAUGGGGCACGCUACCCGACCCACCGCUCCGUCAUGGCCGCCGUCAGUCUCUACUUCCGACGGCUCUUUGGGUCAGAAGAAGGCAGCUUUGGCGAGGGCGGCGGUGGCGGAGGUUUCAGCGUGUGCCAGCUGGAUUGCGUUGCGCCCGACGCCCUGGAUGCCCUGCUAGAGUUCGCCUAUACGGCCACUCUGACCAUCCCCUGCUCUGGAAUGAGGGACGUCCUGCGGGGGGCUCAGCUUCUGGGCAUCCAGUGUGUGGCGGACGCCUGCAGGGACAUCCUGGGGGAGAAGGCGGAGCCGGACGAGGAAGAGAAGCAGAGGGACGAACACGCUUCUGCUGUUCGGCCAGGAGAAGAGCAUGGAUCCCGAAGGAAAACUGACAGAAAGAAGAUGAAAAAAGUGGGGCCGCAUCACAUCGAUUCAUUGUUGAACCCGCUGCCUGCUUCUCCCGUCUCGUACCCCGCACCUCUAUCGGAGAGCUUGCGCUUGCUGACCCCCGCCCAGCCCCCCAGUCCUGAACCAGACGAGGUCCACUUGCGAUGGAGGCAGAAUGGGGUCCGGGUACCAGAGAGGGGGCCCACGUUAAACGGAGGACACCUCCAUUGGAUGCACGAACGCCCCCCACCUCCAGCAGCUCCACCAGAGGACAAACUGUCCGAGGAAGAUGACAUGGAGGGCUUUGGCAACGAAGGUACGCUGAUGGAAAGCACCUCCACCGCUUCCUCUGUGCCCGAGCCAGGAGAAGGCGCGGCAGCAGCCCCUGCGACGACGGCGAUGGGAGUAGGCAGGAAGAGGAAGUCGCAAAUGCCUCAGCAGUGUCCCGUCUGUCAGAAGAUCAUCCACGGGGCGGGAAAACUGCCUCGACACAUGAGGACGCACACCGGAGAGAAGCCCUUCCAGUGCUCCGCCUGCGGGGUUCGCUUCACCAGGAAUGACAAGUUGAAGAUCCACAUGAGGAGGCACACAGGCGAGCGGCCCUACUCGUGUCCGCACUGCCCAGCCCGCUUCCUGCACUCAUACGACCUGAAGAACCACUUAUCCCUGCACAGCGGCGCGCGGCCCUUCGAGUGCCUGCUCUGCCACAAGGCCUUCGCGCGGGAGGAUCACCUCCAGCGCCACCGUAAGGGACACAGCUGCCUGGAGCUGCGCACACGGCGGCCCAGACGAGACCACGACGACCAAGAAGAAGUGGACAUAGACGGAGGUGAGACCAUCAUGUCCCUCAAGCCCCCACCGGCCCACUCCUCUGCGUAUCUGCGGCCCACCAUGCUGGAAGGCGGGAUGUUCCAAGCAGAUGUCGAUAGGGAGCGCUCGCUCGCCCUGCAGGCUCUGGCGCAGCUCAGCCCGCACCGGUUCGCCAACUACCAGAGCCUUUAUCUGCGAGGCGUGGAGCUGCGAGGGGGCAGGGAAGACGAGCCCAAGGAUUCGGGGGGAGUCAACUCGCAACAUCACAGCUGGCCACAGGAAGCGGAAGGGAAGAUUGGAACUAUUGAGCAAUGCACUAAGUGGUUACAGGACCUCAAAUGGGAGAAUAAGAUGCUGGUGUGCUCCGACACGCUCUUCAUGCAGACAAGAAAACAAUAAAAUUACAAUCAUGAAUAGUUAAUAUUCCGAGCUGGUUUAGAAUUGCAUUUACAUGAACUACUACUGGUCUUAAUGGAGAGCGUUAGUGCUUGGUCCAAAUGGAGUGAGUGCGUGCGACUCAAUGCCAGUUGUGAAAUGUACCUCUAUAUAUGUUUUAGUGGCUUGGGUGAAGGGAGGAGGGUCCAAGACCACCUCACUAUCAGGGAUGUGUUUGAUUUUGUCUGUCAGUUUCUUUUUUAGCUGACCUUCGCUUUAUGUCUUGUCCUUUUUUUACCCCUUCCACAUAAUGUCAGUCAAAGAACACAAAUAAUAAUAACAAUAAAAAAAAGUCUAAGCUUGCUUUCUGCUGCUUUUUUCCCCCCCAUAUAAUUAUUUCAAUCAAUCAAGUAAGUUUUUUUGAAGAGCUUUUCAUAAAUAUUAUAUAUAUUUUUUAAUUGAAACUCAAAGAGCAUCCAAGGUGAAGAAACACCAUCUCAGGGAGCCGUCUGCACCAGGACCGGCGCAAAGGCCGCGGCCUCGGGCCACCAGGAUGCAGCCCCCGCCCGGUGUUGCAUCACAGCGAGAGGCUUUUUGGCCUCUGGGGAAUGAGGGCUGUGUUUUUUGUUGUACUGCCAUGAAGGAGAUAAUAGCUCCUAAUCUGCCACACUGGCCCAAUGCAUGUUGGCAGAUUGCCCAAUUUACUCCUGUAGUUUUACCUACAGUUAAGACCCCUAAGCGACGACAACACGGUGGGCAUGUAGGGUGUGCACACAUAAUUUACAAAUAUUAUAUUAGUUAAAAGCUAAAUUAAAAAGUCGGGUCUUGAACCAUUAGCAGGUCUCCCACACUGUUUUAGAGGACAAUCCUUCCUCUGGCUAAAACAUAAAAUGGGAUUGAUGUAAUAUCAAAGAUAACGACUACCAUUUGGUACAGCGGGGGAGGCCUAACUUAACCCUCGACUUUUUGGCACCACAUAAACAAACCUGCAGGGAUGCGGUUCAUUUAUGAAAAAGAGAGACACCUUAUAGAUGGGCGGAGCCAGAGGGUAGGCCGGGUUGCGCUGGACCCCCCUGAAAUCUGAUUGGACCCCCAGAUGAUUGACAUAUCACGGCACCGCGCGUCUUGUCGAACGGAGAUACAAUUGAGCAUUUUGAACUCAGUGACGCCUUUUGGUUGCUAAGUCCCUCCUGUACAGUAGUGGGCGCUGUGUACCACAAAUAGUUGUAAUCAAAAUGUAUUAGGAGAAGAAGAAGAAUCGCCACAGAAGAAGAGGAUUUGCCCCAGAGCCAAUCUACGACGUCAUGCUACAGUAAGUUUUACGGUGCUGUCCUAAUGAGUCACUGUUUAAAAACACUUUUGUGGUCAGAUAGGAGAUCGUUUUGCUAGCAAGCCACGGGUGUCAAGCUAAAGUUAACAUUAAGUUACAGCUCAUGGGGGGUAAAAACGAAAACAUGCAGUUUUUCAACAAGCAGCCAGUGCUGCGUGCCAGUCUCUCUCGCCCGCUGGCACACACAAACACGGGCACAUGGACAAGUUACAUCUCAUGGCGUCUACACGUGACCAGUGUCAGCUUCCAACAGCCACUCCACAUUAACGUGUACAUUUAAUUCGGGUUGCUGCUUAUAUUGACGUGUUUCUCCAAUGAUUUUAGAGGAAUGAAACUAGGAGACAAUCGGACAGCUAGCUGUUUCAUGCGCUGUUGGCUUAAGUGAAAUAUAACGCGAAGGAGGCUGGGGGGAUUAUCCUUCACGUUUUGCCCUUUGUUGUGCCUCUAAAUGUUUGGUUGUUUAAAAGCUUUAAAACUGACACCGCUACAGUGUCAAAAGUGUUAAUGGUGCCCCCCAAUCUUCGAUGCAGCAUCUUAUUUCAUGCACAAUGUACUGCACAACAAGCUAGCUAAAAACACUUUUAAGACAAACCAGUGGAGUGCUUUCAAAGAAAACGUCAGGAGUUGAGGGCAUCACAAAAGUGCUGUUAAUGAGCUUCACAAGUGGAACUUGUUUAAAAAGCAGAAAUACUGUAAUUCAAGUUAAUUCUACCUUUAUAUUUCAGAGUUUGAUUUCUGAAAUUUCACCAGUUUUGCCAAUUUACCUUGUUUAAAAUAGGUGUAGCCUACCUGUAAUUCUGGUGAAUUCUGCCUUUUUAUUUAAGUAUUUUGUUUUGUUUGAUUUGAUUCAAGAAGUCUGCCUUUUUAUUCAUAAAAAGUGUGUCUUUUUAUUUCACAUUUGUCAUGUUUGUUCAUGUUUCAUAUAUAUCAACUGUGCAUAAAGGCUUUUGUAUUACUGGUCCAUUUUUUUGUGAAAUAAAUUUUAGUUGCUAAAGAAAGUCAUUAAGUCACAACUGACAUUUUAGACAAAGUUAAAUUUUGGCUCCUGAGGCAAAAGCAGUUGGGAACCACUAAGUAACUGAAUGUUUGAAUAUGAAACUUACAUAUACAGUGGUCUAUUUCCCCUGACAUUUUUUAGGCUUGAAGUGGGGAUUUGCUAAGUUACAAUUGUUUAAUUGUAAGUGAUGCUAAAAGUUACAAAACUGGCCUUUUUUUUAAUAGGGUCUGUAGAGAAAUUAAAAGACAGGGGGACAAGAUAUAUAACUUCUUUUUAAAGAGAAGCAAGUCAGGCAACGGUAAGAGUGGACAGAGUGUUUGUGUGCGUGAGUACCUGUGUGUGUGAGUGAGUGAAUAACUGUGAGCGGGUUACUCUGAUUGAAAAAUGGUUGCAGUUGUUGAAGCUGUGUUUGUAUGUACAUUGUUUUGAAAACAUUAAAAACAUUAAUAAACUUUAAUUAAUGCGCACAAACCUCAUCUUCAGUGUGCUUAGUAUAUACAGUUAAACAUUUAGAAACUCUGAUUGCAAUUCAUUGGUUGAUAAACAAAUCAUAGUCUGUGGACCCCCUGAAAUAGCCUUGGCCACCCCGAAGAUAAAAGACUAGCUCCGCCACUGCUUAUAGACAGAAGCGACACCAGCGUUGUUUCAAAGGAGAAGCAUUUUUCGCAUUGUCAUUCAAAGCCGCCCAGUCUAGUGGUGGUCUUUGAGAGUACGAGCACAGAUCCGAGACUUUUUAAGCUUGUGAACAAGAAUUUCCGGCAGGGUUUUUCCUGAUCUGACUCCAAAAAGAGCAGUUAUGACAUGUAGACUUCUCAAUAAACCGAAUUAGCCCAAAAGCCUGUGUCUCUUAAGUGUUCUUUUGUUCCUGCUCAACGGAAGCGGCGCUCACGCGGAUGAACACAAACAA